GGGCGGGGCCUGGGGCGGGACUAAAUGCGGAGGAAAGGACAGCCUGUCACUACACACUCGCUGCCGUUGCUGUCGCCCCCGAUUCCGAACUGCAGCGAAAGUCAUGUUACCCAAUACCGGGAAGCUGGCAGGAUGUACAGUUUUUAUCACAGGUGCAAGCCGUGGUAUUGGCAAAGCUAUUGCAUUGAAAGCAGCAAAGGACGGAGCAAACAUUGUCAUUGCUGCGAAGACCACUCAAGCACACCCCAAACUUCCAGGCACAAUCUAUACUGCUGCUGAAGAAAUUGAAGCCGCUGGAGGAAAGGCCUUGCCAUGUAUUGUUGAUGUCAGAGAUGAACAACAAAUCAGUAAUGCAGUGGAGAAAGCAGUUGAGAAAUUUGGAGGAAUUGAUGUCUUGGUGAAUAAUGCCAGUGCUAUUAGCUUGACCAACACAUUGGAAACACCUACGAAGAGGGUGGAUUUGAUGAUGAAUGUCAACACCAGAGGCACCUACCUUACGUCUAAAGCAUGUAUUCCUCAUUUGAAAAAGAGUAAAAUUGCUCAUAUCCUCAAUCUCAGCCCACCACUGAACCUAAAUCCACUGUGGUUCAAACAGCACUGUGCUUAUACCAUUGCUAAGUAUGGUAUGUCUAUGUGUGUGCUUGGAAUGGCAGAAGAAUUUAAAGGUGAAAUUGCAGUCAAUGCAUUAUGGCCUAAAACAGCCAUACACACGGCUGCUAUGGAUAUGCUGGGAGGAUCCGGUAUUGAAAGCCAAUGUAGAAAAGUUGACAUCAUUGCAGAUGCUGCGUAUUCCAUUUUCAAAAAGCCUAAAAGUUUUACUGGCAACUUUAUUAUUGAUGAAAAUAUCUUAAAAGAAGAAGGAAUAAAAGAUUUUGAUGUCUAUGCAAUUAAACCAGGCCAUCCUUUGUUACCAGAUUUCUUCUUAGAUGAAUACCCAGAUACAGUUACCAAGAAAAUGGAAUCACAUGGUGCUGGUACAAAGUUGAAAGAAGAGCUGCAGCCACCAUCAAAACCACCUUCUGGAGCUGUGAAAGAAACGUUUAAAAUCGUUAAGGCCUCUCUCAGUGAUGACCUUGUUAAAGCCACUCAAGCAAUUUAUCAGUUUGAACUCUCAGGUGAAGAUGGUGGAACAUGGUUUCUUGAUCUUAAAAACAAGGGUGGGAAUGCCGGAUAUGGAGAGCCAUCUGAGCAGGCAGAUGUGGUGAUGAAUAUGUCUACUGAUGAUUUUGUAAAAAUGUUUUCAGGGAAAAUGAAACCAACAAUGGCAUUCAUGUCAGGAAAAUUGAAGAUUAAAGGAAACAUGGCGCUAGCAAUCAAAUUGGAGAAGCUAAUGAGUCAGAUGCAGGCCAAGCUGUGAAGGAAAAGAAAAAAAUAUGUCCAUGUCCAAACUCAGAAAAGUAAACGGGCUCAAUAGUUAAAAUCUAAUGUUUGUUUUCUUCCCUAUUGUAUUAUAAGGAUAUGCGUGUCUGUCCUGGAAGAAAUAUAAUUUCUGUAUCUAUAAGACUUGAAAUUAUAAUUAAAACAGUUAGCAAAAACAUAAGCUCCAUUAAGUAAAUUCUGACAUUCUUUUUUUAUAUUUUGUGAGUUUUGCCCUCUGAGCUAUAAACCAUUUACCAUCUUCUUCUAGGAAAAGUAUUAUGAGCAACCAAUCAAGGUCAAGCAGUAAAGUAACAUUAGCUCUUUUCAAAGCUUUUUCCCAUGGAAAAUAUGGCCUGUCACUUCUAAAAUUUUUAAUUGGGGGUUGUAUACCAAUGAAAAUCGUAAUGAUAUUUUAGAUUUUUAUAUGCUUACUUUAAGGAAGGUAGUCUAUAAUACAUUUUCACAGGAAUCACAUAAUAAACUACUUAAUAAAUACUAUUUUGAAGACUAAUGAAACAAAAA